UGCUCCGAGUGGAAGAGAAAUGGUCACGACAAGGACGGCCACUAUUUACUGGACGUGGACGGUAAAGGCGGCGUUCCAGCUUUUUACGUGUGGUGCACCAUGACGUCAUCACCACCUACGGCGUCCAUCGGCCACGACCAAGGUCUCCGAACUAAGACGGAUGGUCAUGAAUCAGCAGGAUCACACGUUUUUCGUGUUUUGUAUGACGUCACCAUCAGGCAGCUUACAGCCCUGAUGGCCAACUCGACUAACUGUAAACAGCAUUUGAAGUACGAAUGUUAUUCAGCUUCUAUUGGCGCAAACGGCUUUCGUGUUCCCUCCAAUUCAUGGUGGGUGUCACGUGACGGCGAAAGCAUGACUUACUGGCCUGGAGGGGAUCCCAAACUGGGAGGAUGCGCUUGUGAAAGAACAAAUACAUGCGCUGGCGGUGAGUUCGGGAACAAGUGCAACUGCGACAUGAACGACCAUACUUGGCGUCAAGACGAGGGUUACAUCACUGACGUCACUAAACUUCCGGUGUCAGAGCUGAGAUUUGGCGAUACAGGACGCAGCGAUGAACUCGCCUAUUUCACAUUGGGACCGGUCCAGUGCGAAAAUUAA